GUCGACGCGCGGGGCAAUGCGGGUGACGUCACCAUAGCAACGAGACGGGGAGAGAAGCAAACAGGAGCAGGAUGCCUCGGGGCCGCUCUGCACGCAGCCCGCUGUCCGACAUGAGUGACGUGGAUCUCGAUGGCCUGGAAGGGGAACUGAGCAAGCUCCAGCGGCAGUGCCGCAUCAUCGAGGGCGACCGGCAAACGUACAACAUGGAGUCCCAGGAUCUUAUCCGCAGGCAGAUGUCCGAGAUCUUCAAGCUGGAGAAGGAAAAGGAGGAUCUGAUGCAGAGCGUCCGUCUAUCGGAGCGCAAAAGCAUGAGAAUGCGGGACCAGGAGUGCGCGGAGAACCUGCGAGCCAUGUUGGAGCUGCGCGAGGCGCUGGAGAGUGAUAUCAGCCAAGAGAGACGCAGGCUGGACGAGCUCGAUGUACAGGUGAAACAAAUGGAACGGAAGAUGGAAGCGGAGAGGAGAAAGUCAGGGGGCUCCUCUGGCACACGCACACACGUGACACGGACGCACAAGUACACGCAUGUGCUGGAAAAUCGACUCGACACGGCGCUGAGCAAGUUUAACGUGCAGCUGACCCAAAAUGCAAGAUUGCGAGAAGACAUUGAGAGCCUGAGAGUGGAGCGUGAGCACUUUGAAAAUAUCUACAGGAAACUGCUAAAGGAGCUGCAAGACACUCACCGCGAGAUGGACAUCGUCAUGGACACGUCUACGGCAGCUUAUGACUCCAGGGAUGAGGCACGCACUAAAGUGGCGCUGCUGAGGGAGAAGGCCGACAAGGAUGGCGCCCAGUACGCCACCGAGAUGAAGGAGCUGCAGCGCCUGCUCGACCAUGAGCGGCGACUCCGCGAUUUCAUGGGAGUCAAGGGGCAAGAGAGAGUCAGCUUGGAGACCGGAGCGCUGUACAGAAAAGACGAGGUUGAGAAAAGGCAGCGGGAGCUUGUGCAGGAGAGUGUGGAGUCGUACGAAGCCGCCUUCCAACAGAUCCAUGCCAUCACACACGAGGACGACCUUGACACACUCGUGGGAGCCUUCAUUGAGGUGGAGGAUCGUAACUUUGCACUCUUCAACUAUGUGAACGAACAGAACAAUGAAAUAGAAUAUCUACAGGAUCAGAUUGCAGAGAUCGUGAGAGCAAUGCAGGAGUUUGAGCAGCAGGAGGCGUCGCUGGAGCAGGCCCGGCAGGUGCAGCUCCGCGAUCUGGAGACGAGGCAGAGCAAAGCAGCGGUGCUCACGGAUAGUCACGCGGCUCAGAACGCGCUCGCCACCCGGGCCCUGCAGCGCUUGAAGGACGGGGUGGAACUGCUCUUCACGAAUCUGCAGUGCGAUCGAUCGGAGAUCGAGGAGCUGCUGUCUGGAGCAGGCGGGAUCCAAGACUCCACUGUGAUGCAUUACCUCGGCAACAUUGAGCACAAAGCAAACCAUCUGCUGACUGUGCAGUCCUACCUCUCUCUUAAGGAUGACGACAAGCCGUUUGAGUCUCCAGAUGGAGCACUGGUACUUCUGGGACGGUCUCCGCUGGAAACGGUGCCUGGCCUCGCUGUGCAGCUGCCUUCCCCUGGAGGGGAACAGGACAGUGGCUCUGAGUCAUCGGUUUUGGAGGAAGAGCAGCGCCCACUCACGCAAGCCGAACUUCGCGAGAAGAUCAUCAGGGGGGUGUUACGCAGGGAGGAGAGGGCUGGUGGGGGGAGGCCACAGCUAGAGCAGGAUGGACCUCACGACACAAGGGCUCCAAUGUCUGAGCGGAGGGAGCAUCAUUAAGAACCUUGGCCCGGCAGAGUGGGAAAGGGCUCCAGCCCCAGGUUCCUCUGGCCGAGCUGAUACACCCAACUCCACUGUUAUUUUUUUAGAGGUCUUUUCUUGAUGGCGCUGUUGAAAUGUUCAGUUUGGUCAGUUAAUAAUCGUGUGACGGUGCAUCUAUCCCAUAAUUGGAAUCGAUCCUUAUGCUCUGGGUCCAAGCAUUGACUCAUGCAUGUGAGAGUAUAUUAUAAUGUGCAGCCUUUCGUGGAUCCACUGCUGGAUAAAGCUUGCCCGUGACUAUCAGUUGUGGGGAUUGUUUGGCCAUACGACAACAAUGCUGCUUGGUGAAGGUAGGUAAAAGGAAGAGGACUUGGACCAGUUCAGAUGUCACUUGCCACUAAUGUUUGUUCUGGCUGGGAAUUGAGCACAGGUUACCAGGUAUAUCGUGCAGUUCACUAACCACUGCUCCGUCACUUCACCUUGCGUUGUAUGUAAUUGGAAUAUGUGACCUCUGCAGCCACGAGAGGCCUACAAUGUGCCAUGGGGAUAUAAAUUAGAUUGAUGCUGCAUUAGCAGCAGUUAAAAUUACUCUCUGUUAAAAUUGUCAGAUCACGGUGAUUAAAUGAUUGUUUUGUGCCUUGCUGUGAUAAUUGAUUAUGCAGUGUUUUUGCAAAUAUUCUUAAUCCAAUAAAUCUUACAGAAAUAAAUAAUCAGAGA